AUGUACACCACCAAUGAUACUCCCCACAAAGCUGUUGAGGCUACCGCCCUCGCCAAAGCACUGAUGCGAGUCGCCCGCUGUAACGCAGCCUUUAUCGCCGAUAGGACCCCCCACGGCAUCAAGAGAAGUCACCAGAUCGCCUUUGGAUCGGAACAGAGCGAGUAUGGCCAUCUCGGCAAUAACGACGAAGACCGGAAGCCUGAAAAUGCCAGCCUCUGUGUGAGAUUACGCCCAUGCUUAAAACCGGAGCCAGCCCUACAUACAGUUCUGACCAAGAAGACCGUCAGCUUCAACAACCAGGUUCGGCAGGUGCUGUUCUCUCAGGACGGUAUGAUCGGGGGUGAGGAGGCUUUCAUGACCACUCAUCUCUCUGGUGUCCCCAGCCUUAAUUGGCGAAUUUCAUGGUUGGAGAAGACGAUCCAGCUACGAGAAAUGUGCUUAAGGAAGGCUAGGGACGGAUGUAUGCCUGCCUGCAGUAUGCAUUUACAGCAUAGAGAGUCCUCGAAGAAUAUCCCCACUACUUGGGAGCAGGACACCAGUGACAGUGAGGAUGAGACCAGCUCGAUGACGAAGUUGCUCAUAAACAUGACAUUAGCGUCAGGUGUCGACCGCGAGGGAGAGGUCGAGGUCCGCCAUCUUCUCGUCGGCAACCUGUACGAUCAAGCAGUCCAGGAAAUCGAGGGUGUUGUCCAGCAGCGAUUAUCCAUCCUGACGAGCGACCCGGUGCGCAGUGAAAUCAAAUUUCUCUCGGAGCGCACCAAGUGGAAACUUACUGAGCUACUGCAGCACUUGGGGGUUAUAUAUCCUUAUCACUGUCAGGCGGGGGUGCCGGACGCUCGUCGAGACCGAGAUUGGGCUGAGGUGGACGCCAAAGCAGAGGCACUGUUUGCUUCGUGUGCGAGUCCGUGGGUGGUGGAGCAGCUGAGCGAAAUUAUACAGCAGUUCAAGAGGAAGCUUGAUAGGAAGAUAAGGUCAAGCGGUCAUUGA